AUGUGUCAACUUUAUCGUCGUCGUAGUAUAUAUCGUCUGACGUCACCAAUUCUGUUCAACCUCUAUGUAAACGAACUGAUCGAGGAACUGAGCAGUGCUAGGGUAGGCUGCCAGAUUGGAGGCGUCAGCGUAAACAAUCUUAGCUACGCCGACGACAUGGCCCUGCUCAGUCCCUCGGUCUGCGGCCUGCGUAGCCUAAUUAACAUCUGUGAAAAAUAUGCAGAAAAUCACGGUUUAUUAUAUAAUGUGGCAAAAACUGAAGUGAUGAUAUUUAAAUACAAGAAAGGCCCAGAAAAUGUACUGCCAAUAAAACUAUGCGGCUCCGAACUGCGAUAUGUUACUAAAUUUAAAUAUCUAGGACAUGUAUUAAGUGACACGAUGAAAGACAAUGAGGAUCUAGAGAGACAAAGACGGUCUCUGGCGGCAAAAAGCAAUAUGCUGGCUAGACGUUUCACCCGCUGUUCCCGACAGGUAAAAGUCACCCUGUUCAAAGCCUACUGCCAGGCGCUCUACACCUCCCAGCUCUGGUACACUUACUCCAAAGCAACUUUUGACGCACUUCGAGUGCAAUACAAUAAUGCAUUCCGAGCUCUGCUGGGGCUGCCAUGGAGGUGUAGCGCGUCAGAUGGUAGGAUAUUUGCGCCAUCAGUGCAUAGCGCAGUAGUUACUGUGGCCGGUGCAAAGAGAAUGAAGACGUUGGCCGUCGCUCGUCUUGGAGCCAUAAAAGCUUGGAGUGAUAUGAUAUCGGUUUAUAACGAGCCUGGUUGUGAUCCUGACAGUUGCGUAUUGUGCAUUUGUGCCCGACCCUCGGGGCUCGGGGUGAACGAUCGGCCCGGAGUCGUCGACACAGGCGAUAAUUACUGUCCCAGCGACAUCUACCUACGCCUCGCCUCGCGCCUGACGCCUGCCCUCCGACCAACCAGCUGCCUCCCGUAA